AACGGGCGUCGGCAGGCCCGUGGGGCCCAUCUGCCUCACAUGUCCACGGCAUCAGCAAUGGGCUGGCGCCACUCUCACUCCUCUGCUUUCUGUCACUUUUUCUCUCUGUUCCACCACCACUUCUCUUUCUCUCUCUUGGUCGCUAUAGAUGAAGGAAACCCACAUUGUAAUUUUGGAAAUGCUAUAGCCUGGAUUGAGCUUCUUCUUCAGUCGAGCAACUAACCUCGAGGUAUGCCCUAGAUUUUGAGAGCUCAAUCGACUGUGUUUCCUCCAUUGACAAGCUUGAAGCCAUGGAUCCGAGCACUCUUCUUGAUUAUGUGGUCUUUCAGCUUACCCCAACUAGAACCAGGUGCGAUCUGGUUGUGUUCUCAGGCGGCAAAGGGGAGAAGCUUGCCUCUGGUUUGUUUCAACCCUUUGUUACGCAUUUGGAAGCGGCUAGAGAGCAGAUCUCGAAAGGGGGGUACUCAAUUCGAUUGCAGGUUCCUAGUGGCUCAGAGAGAGUUGCGACUUGGUUUACAAAAGGCACAUUGGAAAGAUUUGUCAGGUUUGUUAGCACACCAGAGGUGCUAGAAAGAGUGUGGACAAUUGAAAAGGAGAUUGUUCAGAUUGAAGAUUCUAUCGAGGCUCAGUCGAAGAUGCUCUCUUCGGUUGAUGGCUCGCUCUCAAAAGCCUUGGGAGCUGGACAAACAGUGGAAGACCAUGAGGUAACGGUUGAUUCCGCCUCUGAGAAAGCGAUCGUUCCAUUUAAUAAGGCAACAAGUGAGGCAAAUGGCAGUGAACCUAAACAAGGAGAAUCCAAACAACGUCUUCUACAAGUUCUGGAGACCAGAAAAGCUGUACUUCAUAGAGAGCAAGCAAUGGCAUAUGCACAAGCUUUAGCUGCUGGAUUUGAGAUGGAUAACAUAGAUGAUCUCAUCUCAUUUUCUAACAUCUUUGGAGCUUCCCGAAUGAAGGAGGCAUGUAUGAACUUCAUAGAGUUAGUCAAGAAAAAGCAUGAUUCUGGUGUCUCAAUGGAAGAAUUGGUCGCAAUGGCAGCUUCUGUUCAGUCACAGAUGCCUUACAUGGGAAAUUCUGGUGUUGUGCUUACAAGUGACUCUCUUAUUAGUCAAAAUGGCCUGCCACGCAUUAAUGGUAAUGAAUCUGAGGCCAGUGACUCUGUAGAGGCUGUAAGAGUAGCUGAUUCGGUUGGGAAUAUAAGUUCCAAUCAAGAUAGCAGGCCCCCCAUCAACGGGCAGUUCCAGUCCGGAGGGGACAAUAUCCAUGUACAGUUUCAAACGCCAGCUGGGCCUCCACAGUACAUGUACAACUUUCAGGGUCCAGUUUUACCUGCACCUCCAUAUCAAGGAUACAUGAUUCCUGGUUAUUAUCCUGGAUUUUCUGGAAAUGUACCAUGGUCACCAUAUAAGGAAGAUCCCCACCAUGGUAUUGGUCCAGAGUUUGAUUCUUGGGCAAAGCAUAAGAAACGUUCAAGCAUAAAAACUAAGUCUAUGAGUAAAGAGGGACCCGAAACCUCUGAAUCUACUUCAGGACCUCAAGAUGGGGGUAGCGACCAAGAUGAUUCUAGCCCAGAAAGUGGAUCUGAUGCAUAUUCCGAGCAUAAAACCUCAUUAGAUAGAGAAUCUGCUUCAAGGGGGGAAUCCCAAAUGAAGAAGCCUGGUAAGAAGACAUCGAAAAUGGUGGUUAUCCGCAAUAUCAAUUAUAUAACAUCAAGGAGAGGGGGUGGAGAAAAGGAAGACAAUUCAGAUGAAGAUUCAUCUGAGGAGGAUGUUAUUGAUGGUGACGACCUCAAGCAGCAUGUAGAAGAUGCCUUCAAUUCUCUUGAGAAGCAUCAUAAAUCUUCUCAAAAAGUUCAUAAGAAAGGAAGUGGGAAAAAACAUUCUUCUGAUGGAUUUGAUGGAAGUAUGUCAAUCAUGAAUGGUUCAGAUGGAACAACCCAUGCCGUGGAAAACCAAAGUGGAGAUUGGCAUGCCUUUCAAAACCUUCUACUGCAAGAUCGAGAGUCACAUUCUAAUACAUGCGAGCCUGACUUCAGUAAAAACACACAUGAGGUUAAUGAACGACAAGUAGAUAUCCAGGGCCUCCAGGCUGAGCUUUCUUCUAGGCAGUCUGGUUCACAAGAUGGAGUAGGCAAGCGUGGUAUUAUGGAGCCAAAUGACUUCAUUUUAACUGGGAGAAGUGAGGAAUUCAAAGCCAAUGGUCAUAUGGAUAAUUUUGAAUUUGAGAAGAACCGCACUACAUCUAUGAGCAUAAAAAGGAUGGCUGAUGGUGAGAUGUUAUUCUUACCACAGAGAAUGAAUUCUUCUGGUGUUGUACAAGAUGGUUUAAUGGACCUCAAUAAAGAAUCCCCAAUUUCCAAGAAUAAGAGAAGUGAAGAUUCAUUUGUUAUCACCCAUUCAGAAAGAUACAUGGAUGGAGGGGAAAUAACAGAUUUCUCUGUACUAGAGGAUCGUGGUCACUACAUUGCAAAAAAAGAGAGAGAAUUGGUCGAUGACUCCUUUGUGGUCCCAACUAGAGAUACAGCAGAUAUGCGAAAUAAUAAUAGUGAGUGGAAAACAGAAAUAAGCUUUGAUGUGGAUGGGCCUUCACCAGCCCAACAGAAAACUGGGGCACCAAAUGUUGCAGGCGACAAUAAGCCAGUAAUAUCACCCUCCCCUGAACCUGAUCUCUAUAUUAUGCGACAUCGUGACUCGGGGGUUGAAUCAGUUGAUUCGUCUUGGACUCCUGCAUUAUAUUUUGGUAUGGACACUUUGGUUAAUGGCGCUGAGAAGCAGUCCAGUCCCCAAAAGGAUGGUAAUAUCAAGGAUACUGUAUCUCCUAAUGGAAGCGGUGUCGGUGACAAGAAACAGGGACAAGCGAAGAACGGAACGAAGACUAAAGUUGUUAGUGGAACGCUUCCGAAAACAAAAUCCGAAAUAAUUUCGAGGAAAGGAAUAAAUCCAAGCAGGAGUAUACCUCAAAAGAGCAAAAGGGAGAAGGAAGAAGAGGAAAGAAGGCGAGUUGAAGAAUUGCGAAUUCAACGCCAGAAGAGAAUUGCCGAAAGAAGUGCUGCUGCAAGUCCUAACAAAUCAACAACUCCAUCAAAGCAAGACAAUGCAACAAACAAAACACCAAAGAGAUUGCCUUCAAAUGCUCAUAAAAACGAUAGCAGAACACCUCGAUCCAAAACUUAAAAGAGUUCUUGGGGCACUGUUUUUGUAUAAGAAUGAAAGGAGGCUUCUUCCCAAUUUGUUAGGUGCCAUUAAAUUGUUGUCGUAUGGAGGUGUUCAUGAAACAUUUUGUGAUUGUUUUUUCCAUGUACAAGGUAUUUUUUCAUGCACAAUUAUCAUAAGAUGCUGAAUGCAUGCAUGCAUCAGAGACAGAUGACCAGUGAUUGGAAAUGUAGAAGCAAGAGUGUGGAAAUCCAAAUUGUAUGUGUGUGUAUGUGUAUGUGUAUUGUUUUACCAAGUAGUGGUUCGAAUAUUGUUCUUCACAGUGAAUGUAUUCAUUUAUUUGAAUAAUGCAUAAUAUAAAAUACCAGUUGAGUGGUUUGAGACUUUUGAA